AUGAGCGCCGCCAACUGCUCCGCGCACCCGUUCCUGCAGCCCGGCGCGGGCUCCGGCUCCGGCCCGCUGCUCCUGCAGCCCCUCUGGGACCGCACGAGGGUCCUCAUCCAGUCGCCCUUCUUCCCGAUCAUCUUCGGCCUCACCACGUACCUGGGCUUCUGCCUGCCCUUCGUGGUGCUGGAUGCGCUGUCUCCUUGGACGCCAGCGCUGCGGCGCUACAAGAUCCACCCAGACUUCUCGCCGUCAGUGCAGCAGCUCCUGCCCUCCCUGGGACAGACGCUCUACCAGUACGCGGUGUUUGUGUUCCCGCUGACCCUGCUGCAAUGGGCCAGCCGAGCCCCGCGCCUGCCCACCGAUGCCCCGGAGCUGCUGGAGCUGGUGUGCCACAUUCUGCUCUGUUUGCUGCUCUUUGACGCCGAGUUCUUUGCCUGGCACGCGCUGCACCACAAGGUGCCCUGGCUGUACCGGACCUUCCACAAAGUGCACCACCAGAAGCCGCCCUCCUUCGCCCUGGCUACGCAGUACAUGAGCCUCUGGGAGCUGUUUUCCUUGGGCCUCUUUGACACGGUGAACGUCACGCUGCUCGGGUGUCACCCGCUGACGGUGCUGGCGUUCCAUGUGGUCAACAUCUGGCUGUCGGUGGAAGACCACUCAGGCUACGACUUCCCCUGGUCCACGCACAGGCUGGUGCCUUUCGGCUUGUACGGAGGCGUGGUGCACCACGACCUGCACCAUUCUCAGUUUACCUGCAACUUCGCCCCCUACUUCACGCACUGGGACAGACUUCUGGGGACUCUGCGGUAG